AUGAGACUUUACCUAGUCGCCUGUAUCUUUUUGCUCUUCACUUCCUUGGCACGAGCCGAGGAGGAUGCUGAGACGAUAGAAGUCGAAGGUGAAGAGGCAGAUACAAAAGAUGAGGGAGUCUGCCUGAGUAAAGAAAACUGCGCAGCAUCACCGGCUGAGGAUGAAGAGGCGGGGAGUGAGAAAUCAGGAGACAAGUACACCCAAGAGAAGCAAGACGUAGAAGACAAAGAUGAAGAGCAGAAGCCCAAGAAGGGAGAGGAAGAGAGGCAUCUUGUGAAAGUUGAAGUCUUACAAGAGGGCAAGUUUUGUGACAGGGUAAUGGCUUCGAACGAUGACGCCGUGACGGUUCAUCUCAGAGGGAAGAAGGCUUCGGAUGGUAGUGAGUUUAUCACCACUUACAAAGAAGAUGGCUCCGAAGGGGUGUCCGUCGCGUUCCGUAUGGGCGUUGGAGACUCCAUCAAGGGUCUGGAGCUUGGAAUCAUCGGCAUGUGCAUAGCGGAGAAACGUCGCUUCACCGUGCCGGCUUCGCUCGUUCGCAACGGCAGGGACGGCUUCGAAGGUGACUUGAUUCCCAGGGGUGAGGAUUUAAUCUUCGAGGUGGAGUUACUCGGUGCUGUGCCAAACUACCAGAAAGGCAUGGGAAACAUGUUCAAAGUUAUGGACCACAACAAGGAUGGAGUUAUUCAACGGGAAGAAAUGUACGACAGCAUUGUGGGAGAUGAAAGUCUGAUCCCAAGAGGGUGUGAAUUAGCCGACGAACUGACGGACGAACAGAUGACGAAACAAGAUUACGAUAAAGAUGGCGUCAUUCAAUGGAAGGAAUUCCAUCUACCCAAAUGGGAUGAUAUGUAA